AUGAUUGUGGUGAAACAUACGAAGGGUUCAAUAUAUGAGAUUACUUCGUUUAUUGAACAACAUAGUCAUAGGUUUGCUAGUGCUGAUGGUAAGAAGUUUUUGAAGGUAAACCGGUCAAUGACUGUUGCACAUCAAAAUUUUGCAUUUGAUUGUUCAAAAGUCAAAAUAGGUCCUGCUCGUGCGUUUGGUUUAAUGAAAGAGUUUGUUGGAGGGUAUGACCAGAUUGGUGCAACAGUUGUUGAUUUUAAAAAUUGGAAUAGAGGCUUGAAGAACAUAAUUGGGAAUGCAGAUGCACAAGUAAUAUUGAAUAAAUUUCAAGCUUUGAAGGAGUCUUCUAAUGGCAGAUUCUACUAUGAACAUGAUGUGGAUGAGUCUGGAAAAUUGACAAAGUUAUUUUGGGCAGAUUGUGUUGGUCGUAGAAACUAUGAUGUGUUUGGUGAUGUUAUUUCAGUAGAUGCCACAUUUAGUACUGACAAGUAUAACAUGGUUUUUGUUCCAAUCUGUGGUGUUGACAAUCAUAGAAAGUGUGUAACUUUUGAUGCUGCAAUUGCUGAUGUGUUCGAUAAAGAAAAGACAAGGCAUCGUCUUUGUAUGUGGCACAUCAUGGAAAAAUUUCCAUCUAAGGUUGGUGUGGUAUUGGCAAUGGAUGGUGGAUUUUUAUCAAAGUUUAAACCUUUUGUAUGGGGUGAAAAUUUGGAUAUAUCUGAGUUUGAAGCUUGUUGGAAAUCUUUGAUGGAUGAGUUUAAGAUGACUGACAGUGAGUGGUUGUGUGAUAUGUAUGAAUGCCGACAUUUAUGGAUUCCAGCAUAUUUCAAAGAAGAUCCUUUAUUAGGAAUAUUACGGACAACAUUUGGGUCAAAAAGUGCAAAUUCAUUUAUCGGUCAUUAUCAUCAACCUGGUGAUACUCUAUCUCAGUUUUAUCUACGUUUUGAGACUGCAAUGGAUAAGCAACGUAAUAUCAAUUCAGAUUUGAAUCAUAAAUCUAAUGUUGCGUUCCCAAGUACUGAUACAGAACUAUUUUUGGAGAAGGAUGCUGCAGAGUUAUACACACGUGAAAUAUUUUAUAAAUUCCAGAAACAAGUUUUGCACAUUUUGGAAAAUUAUAAACUUGAGUGUUCUUGUAGGAUGUUUGAAAGAAUUGGUUUGCCAUGCAGUCAUUUGAUUCUUGCAUUAAAACAAGUUCCUGUGCACAAGCUGCCAAGGCAUGUUGUUCUGAAUAGAUGGAUGAAGAAUACGGAGAAAAACACAACAAGAUUUGUUUCAAGCACAUCAAGUGAUGAUAAAGAGAAAUUUAGUGUUAUUGUGAAUGAUAUUUCGUUUGAUUUCAAUUCGUGUAUGGGGUUGGCUGGUGACAAUAAAGAAGCACUUCUUUUGAUUCAAAGUUGUCUAAAAGAUGUAAAACAGAAGUUACGCGGUUGGAAAUUUGAAGGAAGCUAG